AUGUUUAAUCAACUUUUAGAAUUCAAGAACUAAAGACUUUUAGUAAAAGCACUAACCAAUAAAAUUCAUGAAAUGGAAUACUUUUAGAAAACUGGAAAUCAAUUUUAAUAUGGAAAUAAUGAAGAUUUCUCAGUAGCAGGAUAGUAGUUGCUAGAAUUCUACUUUUAUGAUUAUAUGCUGCUUCAAGGGUAUUUAGAUUAAUUCUAAAAAGUUUUCCAAAUUAAUAAAGUCAAUUGAAAAAACCUAGUGACAUUAUUUAACUAAGACAAAGAUUAAUAAAUGAUAAAUACCUUUCAGAGAUUGCUCAACUAUUAAAUCUAAAUUAAAUUUUAAAUGUUGGAAACUAAAGAUCAUUAAAGUAUACAAAAAAUUUAAAUUUCAUAGAAGUAAUCCUAAAAUAUUAUCCGAGUGUGUAAAAUCAAUAAUAGCUGCAUAAUAUUAUGAUAAAUAAAAUGAUCUUGAGGCUCUUAGAGAUAUUCUUCACCCAAUUAUUGUUCAACUAUUAAAUAAGUAUCAAUUAAAAUUUAUAGUAGAGGAGAAAAAAUAACUACAACAUAAUGGAAGUAUAAUCCAAAAUCAUCAUUUUUAGAGUAUCUUAAUUCAUACAAAGGUGAAUUUGAAAUGAAACCUAAAUUAAUAAUAGAAUGGAAAAAAGAUGACUCCACUUUAAAUUAAAAUAAAUCUUUUUAUUAAAUUACAUUAGAAUUAAAUAAUGCAUUAAAAAUAUAAAAAAGUGGAAUAAACAAAAGAGAUACAGAAUAAAGUGUUUAUUUAGAGGCUUUGCUUCAUAUGAAGAAAUGUCAUCAUAAAUAAUUUCAUUAAUAAAAAAAACAAAUAAAAAAUAAAGAAAUUCAAGAUAAUUAAAUUGAAUCUGAUCUCUCAACAUCUUUAGAUUUAACUAUAAAUAAUCAAGAAUUUUCUUUUUAUAGUUUCAAUGAGAAAAAUCCAGACAAUCAAAAAAUAAGUUUUGAUUAAUAAUUUAGCCUUGUGCUGGAGUAACUAGCAAAUUAGUGA